AUGAUCACAUUAGAAGCCUAUCAAGCCGCAAUUGGUACAUUUCAUUGCUUCUCAAGAAAGUCACCACAAAAUCAAUUAGCUUCCCUUGUUAGUUUUGAAACAUUUUUAAUGAUACAAGAAUUAUUGUCAUGGAAGAGUUUCCUUUGUAAUUUUCUUAUUAGUGCUGUAGUGGUCAUUAUUGAGUUCAAUAUUAAUAUGUCAUUUUUGAAGUUAUUACAAUUGCUGGCUGAUGGCGAUGUGGAAAUUAAUCCUGGUCCAACAUACAAGAUUGUUAAAUGUGUCCAAGGAACUCUCAACCAGGCAGAUGCAAAAUAUGGAGAAACUUCGGGUAUGCAAUGUGUUCCUAAUGCAUUAUUUGCCAUUAUUUGGUCAGUAAUUCACAAGGUCUCACUAUGGACUAGUUGGGAUCUGGACUAUAUACUAGAUAACGGAGAAAUAACAUUAUCUGGAAAAGCAUUUCUGAACUUUGAUGGUGACCUGAACGGACUAAUGUUCAGGACAGGAGGCUUCACCACUUCAAUAUUUCUUUACACAACACAAUUCUUUGUAUUUAAUUCUCACAGUCGAAGUAUUGAUGGUUCAGUUGUUGCUGAUGGACACUCUCUUUUGAUGAAGUUCAAGAGGCUUUGUGAUGUGGAGGCCUAUAUUAGAGACUUUUAUUUGCGCAAACAGAGUCUAACUUCCCAAUACUACCAGAUACAACCGGUGAAAAUUAAUCUGACAGAAUUAGAAAUAUCCACUAUUGCAGCAUCUAUCAAGAGACUGAAAAAUAGAAAAUAUUAUCAAAAUUUAGUUGGUAGUGCUAAACACAAUCAAAGAAAGGAACAAAUGAAAUCAUACAGUUCUCAACGGUCUGAUAAAAAGAAGUGUACCCACUUAGGUGAAUGUGACAUACAAAAAAAUAUGAAAGCAAAAUAUACAAAGAAAGUGAUCAAGUUCAGACAAGAAGUUGCAAAAGGCCCAUAUUAUGUUUGUGUUGUUUGCAACAGAUGUCUAUAUCGGCGUUCAGUUAAAAUAUUCAAAGAUGGAUAUGCAGAGUUAAGUAGUGAUUUCUAUUAUUCCCAUGUUACCAGCUUUGAUAAUGAGGCAUAUAUAUGUGUGACAUGUGAUAAGAAAUUGAAGAAGAAAGUUGUUCCAUGUCAAGCUGUAUGUAACAAAUUAUAUAUAUGUGAAAUACCAGAAGAGUUGAUUGAUUUGACAAAACUCGAAAAAGUCAAAAUUUCACAGAGGAUUCUUUUUAAAAAAGUCGUAAUAAUGCCAAAAGGACAAUCUCCGAAAAUGAAAGGUACAAUAUGUAAUGUACCACUUGAGGCAGAUAAUGUUUGUAAUAAUUUACCUAGAGGUGCUGAUAGCAAUGGUGUAAUUAUGCUAAAAUUGAAACGAAAGCAUGUUUUCCGUGUCCACGUACUGAAGCAUGUUUUCCGUGUCCACGUACUGUUUGAACCAGUAAGACCACAUGUUGUUAAAGCUGCUCUGUUAUAUUUGAAGCUUAAUAACCCAUUGUAUGCAGAAAUCACAAUAAACAUGGAGCAGUUGAACACUAGUUCGAUUAUGCAAAAUGAAAAUUCUACUGAUGAGAAUGAGCAAGUUACUGAAACUGAGAAUGUUUCGAUCGCUCCUUGUGAAGGUAAAAAUCCAUUGGGUGUUUUGAGUGAUCAAUUCUGUGAAGAGUUAGCACAUCCGUACUUAUUUCCUACUGGAGUAUUUGGGUAUAAAGUUGAUCGUAAAAUCAAAUUAUCUCCAUCUAAGUAUUUUAAUCAAAGGCUAUUGAACUAUAAACAAAGAUUUGCAUCAGAGCCAGAUUAUAUAUUUUUUGUUCAUUCAAUUUGGCAACAACAAAGUUUAACUAAUAGUAUCAACAUUGCAAUGAAAAAACUCAGAGGUAGCCAGCUAACUGCGGGUAUGCUCAGUAGAAAUUUUAAGGAAACGGUAAGUUCAUUUGUGGCUAGUGAAAAUGCAUAUAGUUUUAUGAAUACUAUCAAAGGAACCCCAGCAUACUGGAAAAGAUUUUUGUUUGAAGUUUUAGCUAUGGUUAAACAACUUGAUAUAGAUAAAAUAGAUUAUUUUGUACGGUGUAAACUAUUAAAUAGUAACCCAGUUUUAUUGGCUAGACACUUUCAAUAUAGAGUAGAAGUUUUCUUCAAAGAAAUUAUUGUUGAUGGUCCUUUAGGAAAAGUUAAAUAUCACGCCAUUCGUGUUGAGUUUCAGUUUAGAGGAAGCCCGCAUGUCCACUCAUUCAUAUGGGUUAUCGAUGCACCUAAACUCAGGAUAGAGACAAAAGAUGAAUAUUUGGCAUAUAUUGAUGCUAUAAUAAAAGUUCACCUACCAAACAGUAAUGAAGAACCUGAGUUGUACAAUCUAGUGAAGUCAUACCAAAUACAUUCCCAUUCUAAAUCAUGUUGUAAAUAUAAAAAUGUUGAAUGUAGGUACAGUUUUGGUCGAUAUUUUUGUGACCGCACCAUUAUCGCUGAACCAUUAUCUGAUGACCUAUCUGAAGAAGAAAAAGGUGAUUUGUUGCAAAAUCGUCAUAACAUUUUGAAUAAGGUGAAAGACUUUAUUGACAAAAACUUAAAUCCAAGAAAAAUCAACUUUUUAGAUCCAUUGAAGGAAAACUAUGUGGAAUUGAAAACCAUAAAUGAAAUACUUGAAGAUAUUGGAGUAGAUGAAGCACAUUAUUACAGUGCUUUGUCUGUUUCUAGUGAUACAGACUAUCAGAUUCAUUUUAAGCGUCCGCCAAACUCCUGUUUUGUGAAUAACUAUUUUGUUGAAGGCUUGAUGGCUUGGCAAGCGAAUAUGGAUAUCCAACCAGUCAUAAAUUAUUACAAAUCAGUUAGUUACAUGUGCGCAUAUUUUUCCAAGUCGGAAGAUGAAUCCACCGAGGCAAUGAGACAGGCUGCAAAAGAAGCUUCACUGAUGAACAAAACUACAUAUGAACAAAUGAAGUCAGUUGCUAGAGCUUAUGUAACUAAGCGGGAAUGCUCCAUUCAAGAAGCGGUUUAUCAUGUUAUGCCUGAGCUUUGGCUCCGAAAGUCUUUUCCAGCUGUCAUAUUCGCGAAUAGUAAUAUCCCAGAAAAUCGCUAUAAAGUUUGCCGUAGUGAGGAAGAGAUCAAAGAACUACCAGAAGAUAGUAUUGAUAUAUUCAAGCGGAAUAUGUUAGAUAGGUACAUAGAUAGACUUAAUGCAAAAUUUUCGAAAAGGAAAUAUGCUAUCGUUGAUGCAUUGUGUUAUGCAGAAUCUCUUUCCCAUUAUUACUUGAAAACAAAUGAUCAUUCAGAAAACGAUAAUCAGCCUACAGUUCUAGUCGAUGAUAUCAUUGAAGAAAACCAUAACCCAAAUAUGUACCCAAGUGUAUUGCCACUUAUGUCAUCAAAAGAAAAGCUAAAAUGUCGAAGGGUUAAAUCUGUGUUGCGGUAUCACGUACCGAACAGGCACAAAAAAACAGAAGAAUAUGCCCAUCACAUGUUGUUCAUGUUUUUCCCAUUUCCAGAUGAAUCUACAUUAAAGUGUCCAGAUACUGGUAGUUAUAUGAAUAAGUUGAUGCAACCAACAGUGCUGGACAUUGUCAAUGAGAAUAAAAUUUUUUUUGAACCAUUCUCAGAUUUAAUGGAAGAUGCAAUCAAUAAUUAUCACAGGGACAUGGUUGAUAACUUAGAUUCAUAUGCUCAGCAAGAGAAUGAUGAAGUACAGGAAUUAUUGAACACUGCUAAGACAAUUGAAGAUUAUGAAGAUGAAUGUCUUCUUGAUGAGGAAUCUGUGCUACCUUCUACUAUAGGUAGUGGUGGUUGUGGAAAGUCGCACCUUGUGAAAACUAUUUACCACUCAUUGACAAAAACACUGUCUUAUCAUUCUGGGGAAUAUGACAAACCAAAAGUAUUACUUCUUGCACCAACUGGAGUAGCUGCAGUUAACAUUAAUGGGACCACAAUUCACUCAGGAUUAGCUAUACCUGUAGGAAAUUUUAAAAAAUCCAUCCCUAAAUUAAGUGACAAGAAGCGUGCAACAUUAAGACAAAAGUUAUCGGAAUUGAAAAUUAUUAUCAUUGAUGAAAUUUCAAUGGUUUCAAAUUACUUACUGUUACAUAUUCAUCAAAGAUUGGUCGAAAUAUUUGGCGUGUCACAGGAAAUCAUGUUUGCAGGGAUAUCUGUGAUUGCAUGUGGUGAUUUUUAUCAACUCCCUCCUAUUCAGCAAAGACCAGUAUAUGCAGAAUAUCAGGAUGCAAUGCUAAAUAUGUUUUCACUGUGGAGGCAUUUCAGAAUUGCAGAACUCACCGAAGUUAUGCGCCAGAAAGGUGACAACUCUUUGAUUGAUUUGCUCAACAAAAUCAGAAUCGCAGGGUUGGAUGAUGAUGCCGAAACUCUUCUAAAAUCCAGGUUCAUUUCUGAUAGUGACGAUGAUUAUCCAAAAAAUGCUGUACAUAUAUGGGCAGAAAAUAAACCUGUAUCGGAUCACAACAAUUGUAUGCUCGAAAAACUGGACACUCCCUCAGUGAAGAUUGAUUCCAUCGAUACCAUUCCGAAAGAUGUACCAACUUCUCUUAUAGAGAAAGCGCGACAUCGAGGUCAAAUGGAAACUGGAGGACUUGCUCGCACUUUAACGUUGAAAGUUGGUGCAAAGGUUAUGUUGACUGCUAACAUUGAUAUUGAAAAUGACAGUAUUGGAAUUAAGCAAAAGAAUGCAGAUAUAUAUAGAAAACAUAAAAAUGUAGUACCUAUAACAAAAUCAGAAACCAAUAUUUUCCUCAAAAAGAGUGCUUCAUCUGUGACUAUUAAAAGAACACAAUUUCCAUUAAUGUUAGCAUGGGCAUGUACUGUGCAUAAAGUUCAAGGUAAGCAAUUUCCAGAGGUAGUGGUGAGCUUCAAUCUGCUGAAACAGAGAAGUUUUAAUUAUGGUCAAAUGUAUGUAGCACUGAGUAGAGUGACUGCUAUGAAAGGAUUAUAUCUUAUAGGAGAAUACAAGUCAUCUGCUAUACGUGCUGAUCCAAAAGCCAUUUUAGAAUACGAAACAUUGCGAAAUAAUUAUAUCAUGACCCCUAUCAAUCGUUUAUGUAAAGAUGAAUCAUCAUUGACCGUCAUGUUGCUGAAUGUACGAUCACUGAAAAAACAUGCCACUGAUAUUUUAUCAGAUGAAGCUUUAUGUGAUAUUGACAUAUUGUGUCUUACUGAAACUCAGAUUUCCAACAAUGAUGACUUGGGUUUGAUCAUAUCGACCAUGAAUCAAUUCACAGUAGAGCAUAGUGUAAGCAAUGAUAAAUUUUGCAGCUUAGCAUGUUGUGUUCAAUCAAAUAUCAAGAUUGUUGAUAUUUGGACGUUAAAAGGCGCGCUGCUGGUUACUGUAAAAGUGUAUGCUAUUCAGAAACAAGAGUUCAAUAUUUUGUUGUUAUAUCGUAAGCAAUCACUAUCAGUGGCGAACUUUCUGUAUGUAAUAUCACACUUCAUGUCUGUCUGUCAAGAUAAUAUACAUAUUAUUUUAGGAGACUUUAACAUUAAUGCAUUGAACACAACUGAUAACUCUUCUAUUCAACUUGAAAAUGCAUUAAGAAAUUACGACCUUAUUGUCAAUGAACCGACUCACAUUUCAGGAUCACUUAUUGACCAUGUGUACAUUAAAAAGGAUAUUUGUGACUGGCUGAAUGCGUCAGCCAAUACACCGUCUGACUACAAAUGUGUUCCAAGGAGUCGCGAUUUUUUUGCAAAUUGCGUUGUCGGAAUAAACGAAUUAUGCUUAUCUCCUUGA